AUGACUUGGGUGAAAGAGCACAGGUCUGGGGGAGGUUCCCUCUGGUUCCAGCCCCUCCGUGGAACUGGGACGUCCUUUGCUCUGAGUCAGUGUCCAGAGGCUGGCUGUGCCCGGCCCCGGGGCUGGUCCUACUUCCACCGCCUUAAGCUCUGGCCGGGGCGUGCUCUGUCCCCCGGAAGGAGCGACUUCCCUCCUGGGGGCUCCAGUCCUCCGGGCGGGCGACGCACCGGGGCUCGGGGACCCGCCUGCCCCGGUCCCUUCCAGGCGCGGCGGGCCGCGGGCGAACAGCCUGCCCUGCUCACCUCGCCACUCCGCUCCAUCCACCUCCUGCGCCUGGCGCGGCCCGCUGUAACAGUCCCCACCCUCAGCAGCUUCUGGCAGUUCCAGAGGAUGGUCAGCCACAUCACGGGAAGGAGAGCCUUCCUCUCCUACUAUGGAUAGGACUGCUACUGUGGGCUCAGAGAAAAAGGGAUCCCUGUGGACGACCCAGACAGAUGCUGUGUGACACAUGACUGCUGCUACGAGAGGCUGAAGGAGUCUGGCUGCCAGCCUGUGUUGAACAGCUACCAGUCCCACAUCAUCAACAAGACGGUGGUCUGUGGAUGUUCCCUGGGUCCUGGUGACAGUUGCCUCUGCGGGCUGAAGGCCUGAGAGUGGUGACCAGCAACCUGCUACUGCUUCAGAAAGAGCCCGCCCACCUACGAGAACUUCAAGCCCUUCUCCAGCUGGCCCCAGCACGGCAGGCACCGGCUCCAGGGCUAGGAAGGCCACCAGCCCCUUGUCACUCGGCAUCUGCUCUCCUGCCGUCCUUUAGGAAGCCAUCUCUGAUUAUCCCCGACAAGCCACCCUUUGGCACUGCCACCUCGGUGCACCUUCUCCUCCAGCCCCUGAGGACUGGAGGUUAGAAGUGAGGCGAAUUCCCUGACCUGAGGGUAGAGAGGGACCACCAAGGUCUCCUGAAUAAGUGACCUAUCCAGACAGUAGUCAGUGCUGGAAGGAUAAAGCAAGGGGUGGAGCAGACAGGAGCUCCCAGCCCCCUCCCACAGGGAUCCAGAAGCAGGGAGCCCUACACUCUCCCCCUGCCCAACCCCAAAUUGAGAUGCCAUGCAGACCUGGGAACCUGCCUACAACAGAUCUACCUGGGAACCCUGGGGACAAAGCAGAAAUAUUGGGAAAUGGGAUUCUGGGAGCCACACCUGGGGUCUGGCUCUCAUUUGCUCCAGGGCUGCCCCCUGGACACCCACAGGUAGGAGCAGCUUGAUGCUGAUUUUGUGUCUUGGGUCACCAGGACAUGUCAGCACCCCCUGCUGCCACGUGGAUUCAUAGCCAGGAAGAUGCCAAGAAACGGGAAAGAGGGCAUUAGAGGAAUCCCAGAUUUCCAUCCACGUUUAGAAGGCUCUGGUCACUCCAGACUUAAAUUCUAAUAAACGUCCAAAUGAUCUCAUCGGGGCGGAUUCUGAUGUUUAAGGCCCCAGGUGGAACCGUAGGUGGCAAAACCACCGUGAUUGUCCUUGCCUCGGGAUAUCCUCAUCUCUCACCUGCAGAGCUCAGCUCAAGAGCAUAUGUUCCUAGCAAGAGGCCAGUCUCCCUUCCCGCCCUUACAUCUGAACCACGUGUGAUUUACUCAGAACGCAGAAGUCGUGGAAGUG